CGUAAAAUCUUUAUAAAUAUUCUAGCAAAAAAGGUAUUUAAGAUACACUUGCUCUCCGAAUGAUCACAUAAAGCUACAAGAAAUUUGAUCGGAUUGUAUUAUUAUAUUGGUCUUUAGAUACUAUAAACACUGAAACUGCUGGGGAGUGUGAUGGCACAUACGCAACAGUGCUUUUUGAAGUCCGAAAAGGAACAACUAAGUCAGCAAGACACAUCACCAACUAUGGCUAGUCGUCGGACAAAUUGUAAACAAAUAUUAGCAGAACACAAACUCAUAUUUAUCACUUUGAGCGGAGUUCUGUCAGGAGUUGUAAUAGGGUUCACGUUACGGCCUUUAGGAUUAUCUAGUGACACUCUGAUGCUUAUUGCAUAUCCUGGUGAAUUAUUUAUGCGUGUGCUAAAAUUGAUGAUUCUGCCUUUAGUUAUAGCUAGCUUGAUAAGCGGAUCAUCUAGCUUGAAUGCUAAAUUAAACGGCAAAAUAGCCCUUCGCACUUUUACGUACUUUUUAUCAACGUCUUUGUUAAAUGCAAUUCUCGGUACAGUGCUCGCACUGACAAUACAUCCCGGUAAUCCCAACGAGAAUAGCGUUGUCCGGGAUCAUUCUGCAAAGGAAAACCGGGCUAAAACGGUAAACCUGAUGGAUAGUGUUCUAGAUCUGGGACGGAAUAUUUUUCCUGACAACAUUUUCCAAGCUGCCCUUCAGCAAGCUCACACCGUGUACGUGCCUAAGGAAAAUGUUGCCUUAAGAGCAAAUAGUACCGACGAGUCUAUAGCGCCUACUACAUCGGCCACCAACCUCAUCGAAUGGACGGGGCAAACCAUGGAGUGGACUCGAAUAGUCGAGUAUCGACCCGGAACUAAUUCUCUGGGCAUCGUUUUUUUUUGUUUAGUUUUCGGGACUCUGCUAAGUACAAUCGGUCACAAGGGACAUGUGGUAGUGCAGUUCUUCUCGGCCAUUUUCGAUGUGAUCAUGAAAAUGGUGACAGGUGUUAUGUGGCUUACACCUAUAGGAAUCGGCAGUGUGAUUGCAGGCAAAAUUUUGAGCGUCAACGAUAUCGGAAUCGUAAUGACACAGCUGGCAUGGUUCAUUUUUACCAUUGCGCUUGGAGUAUUCCUAUACCAGUGGAUCUUCCUGCAAAUAAUCUAUUUCGUCUUUAUCCGCAAGAAUCCAUUUCGGUUUUAUCUUGGGCUAGUUCAGCCUAUAUUGACUGGAUUUGCGACAGCAUCCACGGCAGCAGCAUUACCUUUAACGUUUCGAUGCAUGAAUGAACGACUGAAAAUUGACUCGCGCAUAACACGCUUUGUGCUUCCAAUCGGCUGCAACAUAAAUAUGGAUGGGACGGCGUUGUUUAUUGCAGUAGCGUCAAUCUUCAUUGCGCAGAUGAGUAAUGUGACGUUGAAUGUGGGUCAAGUGGUGACUGUCAUACUAACAUCGACUGCCGCUUCAAUGAGUUCGGCCAGCAUUCCUUCUGCAGCGCUCGUACUGCUCCUGAUUGCAUUGUCCGCAAUUGAUGUCCCAAUCAACAAUGCUACGCUGUUAUUUGCUAUCGAUUGGUUUGUGGAUCGCAUCCGAACAACCAAUAAUCUGCUAGGUGAUUGUUAUGCUGCUGCAGUUGUGGAACAUCUGUCGCGUCACGAAUUAAAGCUUUCUGAUAUUGAUGCAUACUACAGUGACCAAAAUCUGACUUCUAAUGAGUCGUGUAUCCAAGACCGAGAUAACAAUCAGCAGUCAUCCUUUCCUAAAUCUGUUCAAUUGAACGUUCGGAAUGAAGUUCCGACUCUUAUUUCGAGCGCUUAAAACGCGGUUAUAUUUGCAAGAAAAGUUACUUAACCCACACUAAAAUGGUUUAUCAGUAAUACCUAGAACCGUCUUUAGUCAAUAACUAAUCCGGAACUAUUUAGCAGGACGCAUCAACGCCAUCACUCCAUCUUAAAUUGAGUACCCACGCCGUCACUGUCAAUGUGGAUGAUCUAUGGAGCAAGGUGAAAAUAUCAUGUCAUAGAAAGCCUUAGCAAGGCAGACCUUGGUCGUACACCGGUUGUUGAGCCAUUUAAGCAUACAAUCGUUGCUUCUCGAAGUGGCAUAUGACUCUAGAUCGUCAAGCCUAUAAAGAAGUGGUCAACCUUUGAAUAUAUUAGAAGUGACUUUUUGGAGAAUUCAAAUAUAGAAUGUU